GGCCAACACAUUGUCUCCGUCUUAAAGCCAAAGCUUCGUCAUCACUAUGAGCAACAGUUAUAUCAGUUAUCAUAGGGUGUUUUCCGUUAAGGGUGAAGAAACCAACCCUCUGAGGUGAUCAGAGGCAUCGAUUGGUCUCAAAACACCUUAUCUGUGGUCUUGGCCAACAACGUUUUCUUUCAAAGACUCAAGUGACAAGUGUUGAACCCAAGUUGUUGGAAAAGUGAAGAAUUGGAGGUGCAUGCUUCCUCCCUCUUCCAUCCAUCCAUUCGUCGUCCGCCGAGAGGAAGUGUUGAUUGGAAUUAGUUAAGAGUUUCACACAUGCAGUGCCACUCUUGAACUUGAUGAUUGGAUUGGAAGCCACGCCAACACCAACUCCACCAUUAAUAGAGCUGUUGCCACCAAUGCUGGGAGUGGCGAGACAAAUCGUCUCCUAAACAAUCAAUCCACGGAAAAACCCUCAUUCACUUGCCAAACUGAAGAGCGGGAGUACAUCAACCUCUUCGAACCAAUUUCUUAAACCUCUUGAAAGUACAGUUCAAAACCAAGAAUGAAACUCAUAACCAAAGUUCUACUAGUUUAUCUGGCCGCCGUGCUCCAAUUCACACCAAAGACCUGGAGCCGGCAAGUCCAUCUAGGACCCAGUGUGGAUCCAGGCGUGUUUGUGAUCACCCAAGUGGACUCGUGUCGUGGGGGCCGAGGCUAUUGCGUCCUGGGUUUCAAUUGCAAUAUUGAUAAAGAUUUUGUGGCCGACGACCUGAAUGGCCAUUGUGAUGGCUUGGGUCGGGCCUUUAACCCCAUCACCAAUUUUGUGUGUUGCCGAGAGAAUCCGGCCAAUUUCAACCUCAACAUUCUGGAAGCCGUGACAACAACAACCACAACAGCGCCGCCGACAACAGCAACAACAACAACAACCAGCAUAGAAACAUCUACAAUAACUAAUAUCGUCACAAAUACAGUGACCGAAUUGAGCACAUUCACAGAGCUGGUUACCAAAAUAGAGGCAGUGACUGAGAUUGAAAAUUAUACCACUCUUGAGCUUAUAUCUGACUCGGAUAUGGAGUCAGAGAGCAUCACAACAACCAAGCCAUUUGAUACAACCAUGGGUGCAGAACUCUCAACGAAUGCCCCAAUGAUGAGCCCUAAGCUGGAUGCAGAACCUCUCGUGGCUAUUGAGCAAGUGUCGACUCCAGAAACUGUUUCCACUACACCGACAACUGAUAAAGAGUUUCAAGAGACUCCGCUCGAUAACCUCGUCUCGUCACUCCUUGACGCCGUUGUUCCAGCUUUAGCCACAGAAAUGCCUUCAGAGAUGGCUCCACCGUUGCCCAUCUCAGCCUCUGUUGUCCCCAGUGCCUCUGCCCUGACUGAGUUACGCCUGAUUGACGAACAAGAGGAGGCCGAGGAAAUGGAGAUCCUUCGCCCUGGCACAAUCAUUGACGAUCCAACUCUUCUGGAAGAUCUCGUGGUGGAGCAGCAAGAUGAACAGGUUCGACCUAGAAUUGACGACACCGAGAGUUUGGUAGACGUUAUCCGAGGUUUUGAACCACAAUCGGACAACCCGCAGGAAGAGUUCAAGUCUACCCAGAAAUCCAAUGAUCAGAAGGAGGCCAAAGUAGACUGUUAUGCCGCCAUCUUGUUAGGAAUCGAAUGCAAAUUGGCAGUACCCCCCAAAAUUGAGACGGGCUCUGCCCCACCUGCAAAUCCCGGCACAAAAAAUCCAGCAGAAGAGGAACGCAGUGAUGAUCAGGUUAUUGAGGAGCAGAACAAUGAUCAAGUCAUUAUGGACCAAAGGGAUGAUCAAGUUAUGGUGGAACACAAUAAUGUUCAACUCAUGGUGGAAGAUAGUGAUGAACAAAUUGUUGUGGAACACGACAACUUGGAGAGUUUUCCUCCUGGGAAGCCUCAAGCUUUGGUAGACGAAUCUCAGACCGACCCACCUAUCGAAAUUACCACCACUGAAUCCACUACACAAGUUCCUGAGAUAGUGACAGUUACUGAGGUGAUUGAAGAAAUAUUGGAUGAUGAAAUCAAGACCACCAUGAUUGAUAUGAAACCAGAGCGAGACGAUCCCUUGAUCAAGAUGACCACGUAUGAUCCCACAAUCAUGAUGGAAGAUACAACUACACCUGUUAGGCAGGACCAAGUGACCAAUUCCCCAAGCCUUUUGGUUAAAGAAGAUUUGACCCCCAUUGGGUUGGUCAACAUGGACACGGAACAGCCAGAGCAUAUUGAGCUCCCCGAAGAUAUUUUGAUGACCAACCCGACGUCAAUGCCUCUCACCACCACCACCACCCAACCCACUGAGAUCAAGUCUGCCUACCGAAGAAUUACCGAUGCGCCCAAAGUCAAAACUGAUCCUAAGCCCGACACUUGCGGUGUGCUCGGUGGAAGAGGUCUCCUCCAAGCCUUUGGAAAAGCGGCUGAAGGACUCUUGCCCGAUUUGGUGGCCUCUUGGGUCACGGGUCAUCAUGGUGGGAAGGAGGAAAAGAGCUCCGAGUUCAUUGGAGGAGGUGUGGUCACUAGCACGGUCAUCUAUUGUUGGAUGGCGGCAAUCUUGACCGAAGUGAAUGGACAAAAAGAGUUCCUCUGUACAGGGACACUGAUCAAAACCAAUGUGGUUCUCGUCUCGGCCACAUGUGCAACAGAGUUGGUGAAUAGGAAUCCCUCUGAUAUCAAAGUGGUCUUGGGAGACUCGAAUCUGAGCAUUGAUCUGCCUUUUGGAGUGCAGACCUUGGAUGUGAGCAUGAUCCAUAUUCAUGACCAGUUCAGCCCUUACGUAACUGAGUUGGAACAUAAUGUUGGACUAAUUCGUCUGAAGAAGAAAGCCAGUCUGACCAACACGGUGUGUCUUUUGUGCCCUCCCUCAGCUCGGACUCAACCCAAAGUUAACCAAACGUGUUCCAUUAUUAGUUAUGGGAAGAUUGUCGAAAAGCCGAUUGAUCUGCCCUUUGAAGUUACUUCCCAGAAAUCGACGGGAAUCCUGAGAAAAUCAGAAUACAUUAUUCGCAAUCCCAACGAAUGUCACGCCAAUGUUAGUCGAACGGAUGGAAUGGUGUGUGCACGGGAAAUUGAACAUUUGACUCUCAAUGAACAACGACACAAGCGUGAACAUUGCCAUAUUGUUAUCGACUCCGGGAGUCCUUUAAUAUGCCAAAACAACGACCGAUUUGAGCUCCAAGGAUUGCUCACAGGUGGACACACAUGCUUGGGACCAAAUGAAGAGGUCACCUUCACCAAAGUGGAACCCUAUAACGCAUGGAUCGAGAAAAAAUCGUCCUCCAAGUCCUAAAAACGAAGCAUUAUUCAAAACAAGUCGUCUGAACAACUAUGUUGGUUAUUGGAUUUACAAAUCAAAGUACAAGGGAAUGUGCCUCAAGUUGCUGCCAUUGAAAUUUUCAAGAACUGAGAAUGCACUUAAAAAAAAAGCAUAGUUGCAAUGACGUA